AUGGCCGCAUCCACCCUCUCCAUCUGCUCCAGCGACCUGAGCUACGACAGCCGCGUCUGCCUGCCCCGUUCCAGUGACUCUUGCACCGACUCCUCCUGGCAGGUGGACGACUGUCCAGAGAGCUGCUGUGAGCCCUCCUGCUGCGCCCCCAGCUGCUGUCAGCCCACCUGCUGUACCCUCAUCUGCACCCCAGUGAGCUGCAUGUCUAGCCCCUGCUGCCAGGUGACCUGUGGGGCCAGCCCCUGCCAAUCAGCCUGUACCAGCUCCUGCACACCCUCAUGCUGCCAGCAGUCUAGCUGCCAGCCCUCCUGCUGCACCUCUUCCCCCUGCCAGCCGGCCUGCUGUGUGCCUGCCUGCUGCACACCCAUGUGCUGCAAGCCCCUGUGCUGUGUGCCCGUCUGCUCUGGGGCCACCCCCUGCCCAGCCUCCUCGUGCUGCCAGCCCACCCCCUGCCUCUCAUCCUGCUGCAGACCCUCCUCUUGCAUGUCUAGCUGCUGUGAGCCCUCCUGCUGCGCCCCCAGCUGCUGCCAGCCCACCUGCUGUGUCCCCAGCUGCUGCCAGCCCACCUGCUGUGUCCCCAGCUGUUGUGCCCCAGCCCCCUGCCUGACCCUUGUCUGCACCCCAGUGAGCUGCGUGUCCAGCCCUUGCCAAUCAGCCUGCACCAGCUCCUGCACACCCUCAUGCUGCCAGCAGUCUAGCUGCCAGCCCUCCUGCUGCACCUCCUCCCCCUACCAGCCGGCCUGCUGUGUGCCCGCCUGCUGCACACCCGUCUGCUGCACACCUGUCUGCUGCACACCCGUCUGCUGCAAGCCCCUGUGCUGUGUGCCCGUCUGCUCUGGGGCCUCCUCCUGCUGCCAGCCCACCCCCUGCACCUCAUCCUGCUGCAGACCCUCCUCCUGCGUGUCCCUCAUCUGCCGCCCCGUGUGCAGGCCUGCCUGCUGUGUACCCGCCUCCUCCUGCUGUGGCCCCACCUCCUCCUGCCAGCCCAGCUGCUGCCGCCCGUCCUCCUGCAUGUCCCUGCUCUGCCGCCCCGUGUGCUCCCGCCCGGCCUGCUGUGUCCUCACCUCGGCCCAGAAGUCCUGCUGCUGA